UUUUGGCGUUAACGUUGGGGAAACGGCUUUGUCACCGUUACUUUGCUCUCACAUGGCAGCUGACAGAGCUGGGGCCCAGAACUCGUGUUUCAUUGGAUGUUUGCAAAAGCCAGUGCAAUUUAAUUACAGAAAUGCCACGAGAUAAACAAUGCUUAUUUAUCACCGAGAUCAACUUGAAUUUUCUCGUUUCAAGUACCACUUGGAUUUUAUUUUAUUUUAUUUAUUUAUUUUUUUAAUUUAUAAAAUGAAUCUAUAACCAAUUACCUAUAUAAAAGUCCAAGGCACCAAAACUAUUCCAAAUUUAUUGUUCCUUAUGAAUAGUGCAAUACGCCAAUACCCACUUUGCCCUCUGCCCCUUGGCUGAAUUGCCAAUUUUACCUAGGUUAUUUUUGUCUUUUUGUAUGAAGACUCUUCUGCUUUCCUUUCCCUUUCUUUACGAUCUUCCAUUCAUUUUCUUCACCUUUGAGUUGCUUUUACCUCUUCUAUGGUACACUUCAUCUUUACCCUUGAUUGAAGUGCGCAUUCUGAAUCCUCCAUUGAAGCACCUUCUUAGCUCUCUCUCCUCCUUUGAAGCAGCUUUUGGAUGAAUUUGAAUCGUUUAAAGUAAUCAAAUUCAACUUGAUUUUGUGGGAUUUUUGAGAAUUGGGGUAAUUGAUUUUUCAAUCGACUUGGCAGCAACUUUAGGGUUUAGUUUUGCCGCAAUUGAAUAUGUUCGUAGGAGGAACAAAUAUAGGCUCAGCCAUAGUAGUUUGGGCGAUGACAUAACUAAUUAUGAACUCAACCGCGAUGAAAAAAGUACAAAGAGAGCUCCCGCUGAUUCCCUUGUUGCGAAAGCGGUGUGCUACACAACUUUGCCAAAUUUCUCAUCCCCAAUUUCCGAGUCGAACAUUGGAACCUUAAUUUUGGAUUUCAGAACGUUCAAAUUGUGCAAUUCUUUUGACAAUUUGAGGGAUCAGGAUCCUGCAUUCCUGCCCCCUUUCUCAAUCUUAGAGGAUAAAUGGCGCUGAUCAUUUCAUAUGUGGAUCCUAUCUAAUAAAUAUGAAGUCAAAAAGAAUAAAAGAACUGUGGAAAAUGCUUAUGUAUCACCAGAUGAUCUGCCAAAGCUCGAGUAUUUUAAAUCCGUGGUCAAAGAAACAUUUUAGGCUUUGUCCUGCAGUUCCAAUGCUAAUAGUCAGGGAAACACUCGGAAAAUGCACUAUAGAAGGGUCCCUGGAAGAAGAAAUGCCUAGCUGUUUUGGAAUUGUUACACAGUAUAUCAGUUGGCCUUGUUUCUCUAAACUAUUAAAAUCCUUUCCUGAACUCAUGAGGAAUUUCAGAAACUUAAACACCAUCCUGCAGUUAAACCAAUGCUUGAAGGUGGCAUCGUUAUCCAGUAUGGUGCUCAUACACUGAAUGAAGGUGGUUUUCAGGUAAGAGUCAUUUUAUGUUUGUUUAGGUGUAGAGUCAUUUUAUGUUGAUGCUACUAGCCCCUACACCUAUGGCUAAAGCCACUCUACUACUCAAGUGACUCUACACUAUACUUGCAAUAUGUAUACACACAUAACACACAAAUGUGUUUGCACAUACAAUUUUAUAUAUUUAAUCAUCUGCUGGUUACUUCAUGUGAAAUUUGAAUUGAUGGUAGCCAAAUUUCAAUCUAUUCCAUAUCCAAUCUUUCCUAGAGGUGCAAUAAUUGGAUGCUCUGCUGGCUUUUUAAGCGUACCAAAAAUCAAAGGAAUGCAUAAGGCAAUGAAAUCAGGUGUUGUUUUUACUCUACCUAAAUUAACUAAAACAGGUUGCCACAGUCUGCUAUAACAUGACAAGCCACUCAAUUUUAUACAGGGUUUGUUAUUUUUUUAUUUUUUUGGUAUGUGGUAGGCAUUUUUGGAUGUGUCACACAAAUGAAUUUACUUUUCACUCGUGUUAAGAAAAAAUUCCUGUCCAUGAUGUGUUCCCAGCAUGAAAAUUAUUUGUAUAAUUUAGAGGUUUCAUACUUGUAUCCAUCUAAAUGAACAUUUAUUAAUUGUCAACCUGCUUUUAGUUGGUAAAUUAUUGAGUGGUGGUAUCCAAGAUUUGAAAUCGCAUAGUAUUUACAACGCCGCUGUUUGUGGCUCAUUAUAGAUUUCAAAAACAAACUAAUGACCUACCUUUUCGUGUUUGGUAUCUUGAAGGGUGCAAGUGUUAUGCCAGUAUGAUUGGCAGAUAUCGUUAUAUGCACAUUUUAUCUUUUUAAUUGCUAAGACCUUUUUUUAUUUAU